AUGUCGCAUCAGUGAAAACAGAAGUAACUUUAACCGAGAAACAAAGAAGGAGAUCAUCAGAGACUUGGAUUCUAGCACAAGGGAUGAAGGAACCAUCUGGGGUGCCCUGAGGAUCAGGUAUAGUUGCAUGGUGGAACUUCAUAAAUCCAGCACUGGAGUACAAACCUCUGAUCCAAAGGUAAAGCGUGCAGGAUCUCCACUGUGCAGCUGUGUAUGCGUGAAAAGGCGCCAGUCCAGCUUUGAGCCCAUCAGGUCCAGCAGUAAGGAAGAAACCUAUUUUUCAUGGGCUGAAACCCAGAAAUCAGAGCCUCCAGAGCCCAGCUGUGCAUCUAUAAAGAGCGAUGUAUCCAUGGGGAAACCUCCUUUAUUCAGCAGUGGAGGAGAGCCCAGCUGCAUAUCUGUGAAGAGUGAUGCUUCCAUGGGGAAACCUCCUUUAUUCAGCAGUGGAGGAGAGCCCAGCUGCAUAUCUGUGAAGAGUGAUGCUUCCAUGGGGAAACCUCCUUUAUUCAGCAGAGGAGGAGAGCCCAGCUGCAUAUCUGUGAAGAGUGAUGCAUCUAUGGGGAAACCUCCUUUAUUCAGUAGUGGAGCUUUACCCUCAGAACCAGAGGCUGAAACCCAGAAAUCAGGGUCUCCAGAGCCCAGCUGUGCAUGUAUAAAGAGCGAUGCAUCCAUGGGGAAACCUCCUUUUUUCAGCAGUGGAGGAGAGCCCAGCUGCAUAUCUGUGAAGAGUGAUGCAUCCAUGGGGAAACCUCCUUUAUUCAGCUGUGGAGGAGAACCCAGCUGCGCGUCUGUGAAGAGUGAUGCAUCCAUGGGGAAACCUCUUUUAUUCAGCUGUGGAGGAGAGCCCAAUUGCGCAUCUGUGAAGAGUGAUGCAUCCAUGGGGAAACCUCCUUUAUUCAGCAGUGGAGCUUUACCCUCUGAACCAGAGUUGCAGACCAAGAGUGCAGUUUCUUCAGUAUCCAGUGGUGUGUCUAUGAAGGACCAUUUUAUGGGCCAGCGUCCUUUAUUCAGCAGUGGACCUGUGCCCUCUGACCCAGAAGAGCAGUCCACAGCCGCACUGAGGGCACUCACUCUCGUGGAGGGAACUGGACACCUCCAUCAGGAUUCUGACCAACCAAUGAAUGGUAUCCUUCACAGAGUUUUAGAGAGACAUAAAAUCUGUAUGAAGAACAAGUAUGAGAGCUUAUUCGAGGGAAUCAAAACACAAGAGAAUAAAACCCUCCUGAAUAAGAUUUAUAUACAGCUCUACAUCAUAGAGGGAGAAAGUGAGGGAGUAAAUGAAGAACAUGAGGUUCUACAGAUGGAGAAAACAUCCAGGAAACACCUACAAGACAUUACACUCAACUGCUUAGAUGUCUUUAAGCCUCUACGAGGUCCUGAAGGAGAUACAGAACAAGAGAACAAAGAAGAAAUUGAAGAAUAUAACAUUACAUCUGUGACAGCUGAAGGUCACAAACACAAAGAAACAAAAAAAGAUAAAGGACAAAAAGUACAAAAUCUCAGAACUGUGCUGACUAAAGGCAUUGCUGGCAUUGGAAAAACUGUCUCUGUGCAGAAGUUCAUUCUGGACUGGGCUGAAGGAAAAGCCAAUCAGGAUGUAGAUUUCAUGUUUGUGCUUCCAUUCCGGGAGCUGAACUUGAUUAAAAAUGAUGAAUACAGUCUUCAUGGACUUCUAUGUGACUUCCAUCCUGAGCUCAAAGAUCUAUACCCAAAGAUAUAUGAUGAGUGCAAAACUGUUUUCGUAUUUGAUGGCCUGGAUGAAAGCAGAAUUCCACUGAACUUUGAACAGUGUGACAAAGUAUCUGACAUCACCAUGACAUCAUCAGUGAGUGUGUUGAUGACAAACCUCAUCAAAGGAGAGCUGCUUCCCUCUGCUCUGUGCUGGAUAACCUCCCGACCAGCAGCAGCCAAUCAGAUCCCUCCUAAAUACAUCAACCGUGUGACAGAAAUUCAGGGAUUUAAUGACCCACAGAAGAAGGAGUACUUCAAGAAGAGAAUCAGUGAUGAAGACCAAGCCAAGAAAAUCAUGUCACACAUUAAAAAAGCGAGGAGCCUCCACAUCAUGUGCCACAUUCCAGUCUUCUGCUGGAUCUCAGCCACUGUUCUUCAGAGAAUCGUGAAACAGCGUCAUACAGAAAUCCCUAAAACUCUGACUGAAAUGUACUCACACUUCCUGAUCACUCAGACAAACAUGAAGAACGAGAAGUAUGAGGAGAAAGAUGAGAGAGACCCAAAGAACCUGCUGGAGUCCAACAGAGCCAUUCUUCUAAAACUGGCUGAACUGGCUUUCAAACAGCUGAUGAAGGGCAAUGUGAUGUUCUAUGAAAAAGAUCUUAGAGCAUGUGGCAUUGAUGUCACUGAGGCCUCAGUGUAUUCUGGGAUUUUUACUGAAAUCUUUAGGGAGGAAUGUGUGCUUCACCAGAGGAAGGUCUACUGCUUUGUUCAUCUGAGCUUUCAGGAGUUCCUGGCAGCUGUCUUUGUGUUUCACUGCUGUGAGAUAAAGAACAUCAAGUUGCUGCAGAGUUUUAAACCACAAUACAGAGAGUGGACUGAGAAUGUUCCACUGGAUGAGCUGCUGAAGGGAGCAGUGGAUAAAGCCAUAGAAAGUCAGAAUGGGCACCUGGAUCUUUUCCUCCGUUUCCUGCUGGGCAUCUCACAGGAGUCCAAUCAGAGACUCCUACAGGGUCUGCUGACACACAUAUCAAGCAGCACAGCGAAAACCACACAGUACAUCAAGAAAUUAAUUAAAGGAGAUGAAGAUCAACAAUAUCACAUCCCAAUCAACAAAUCUCUUUCCACCGAGAGGUCCAUUAAUCUGUUUCUCUGUCUUUCUGAAAUGAAUGACCAUUCUCUAUCCAGAGAGAUUCAGGUGUAUCUAAGAUCACAUAAACACUCAGAAAAGAAGCUCUCACCUGGACAAUGUUCAGCACUAGCCUGCAUGCUUCUGAUCUCAGAGGAGGCACUGGAUGAGUUGGACCUGAAGAAAUACAACACAUCAGGUGAGGGUUAUAGACGACUGGUCCCGGCUGUGACCGUCUGCAGAAAGGCUAUGCUAGCUGGCUGUGAACUCACCUUGGACUCUUGUGAAACUAUCUGCUCUACUCUACAAUCAGUAAACUGCUCCCUGAAAGAGCUGGAUCUCAGUAAGAAUAGUCUGCAAGAUUCAGGAGUGGAGCUGCUCUCUGCUGGACUGAAGAGUUUACACUGUAAACUGGAGACACUCAGACUAGCUUUGUGUAAUAUUGGGGGAAAGGCUUGUGAAAAUCUCAGAUCAAUUCUACAAUCAGAAAACUCCACUCUGAAAGAACUGGACCUCAGUAACAAUGACCUGCAGGAUUCAGGAGUGGAGCUGCUUUCUGCUGGACUGAGGAGUUCACACUGUAAACUGGAGAUACUCGGAUUGUCUGGUUGUAUGGUUACAGAAAAUGGCUGUUCUUCUAUGGCAUCUGCUCUGAAAUCAAACCCCUCCCAUCUGAGAGAACUGGAUCUCACCUAUAAUGACCCAGGAGAGUGUGGGGUGAAGCUACUCUCUGAUCUACAGGAGGAUCCUCACUGCACACUGGAGAAAAUACAGUUGGAUCAUGGAGGGAAGAUCAGGAUGAAACCAGGACUGAUGAAAUAUGCUUGUGAGCUCACACUGGACUCAAACACAGCAAACACACAUCUGUUUCUGAGGGGACCUGAGAGGAAAAGAGGGAUAAAAUGUGUGAGAGAAAAACAGUCAUAUCCAAACCAUCCGGAGAGAUUUGAUGAAUGUACACAGGUUCUGAGUGUGGAGAGUCUGACUGGACACUGUUACUGGGAGGCUGAGUGGAGCGGGAGAGAGGCUGUUAUAGCCAUGACAUAUAAAGGAAUUGAGAGGAAAGGAAGCAGUAAUGACUGUGUAUUUGGAUACAAUGAACUAUCAUGGACUCUGAGAUGCUAUUGUAACAGCAUCUCAGACUCUUAUAAUGGUUUUAACAGCUACUCUGUCAGACACAACAAGAAGAACAUUGCCAUACCUGCCUCCCCCUACAGCUCCCACUACAGUUCUGACUCCAACCGAGUAGGAGUGUAUCUGGACUGGAUGGGUGGCACUCUGUCCUUCUACAGUGUCUCACCUGAUACACGGACUCACAUAUACACAUUCUACUCUACAUUCACUGAGCCACUCUACGCUGGGUUUAGGGUUGGUGUGGGCUCCUCAGUGUGUCUAUGUGAGAUGGAAUAGACUGCCGGAGAAACAAAUGAUGCUACAAAUAACUUCUCUUGUAAGCCUACAUAGUUGGAAAUGCAACAUAAUAAAAUACUAAAUAAGUACAAA